AGCCUUCAAUCGACGGCGACAAUCGCCGUGGAUUACUCCGCUAGGGUGUCGACUACGUCGGACUGUGUGACCGCCCCUCCUCCGGAUCGUCGGAUCCGAGGAGGGAUGGGCGGCCGUCGACGAGCGCACUCUGAACUUCGCGGACACCUCGUAGAUCCCGCUCGUCGGCUGACUCGUCGAGGAGCGCGCGCGAUUUUCGAGUUCUCCCGUGGGCGAAGGGCCUCGAUGCCAGAACGCGGCCGGAAGGAGCCGUUCCCUUUACUGAGGACUGACGAUUAAGGUGUCUGACAAUGCCGGAUGCUAAGGCACUAGCCUUACUACUGACGAUCACAACGUGAGCGGUCAGUCAGUUCCGCGGAUCAUCGGGGAGAUAAUGAUUACAGAACAGACCUGGAGCAUGAUGCUGGACAGCGAUGUCACGAGCAUCAGCGAGUCGAGCAUUUCGCCGAGGAAACAAUUAUGGAUCAAGGCGGUGAAGAAACUGACCUCCGAGAGGCUGGGCCGGGAGGGACUGGCGGCGUGGGAGGACCGGAAGUCCAACAACGACCCCGAGGUUGCCGAGGUGAAGGACAUCAGCGAGCCCGCCGAGAACGCCGAGGUUGCCAAAGCGGAGCCGGAAGUCGCCGCGGAGCAGCCCGUGGCCGAUGAGGAGGCUCAGACCCAACGCGACGUCUUCAAGAAGGGAGUGCUGUACAAGGGGAUAUUCUGCCCCUCGCUGACCAACAGCUUCCAUAACAAGCAGCUGGAGACAUCCUACCUUCAUUACUCGAACCGGCAGCGGCAGAAGUCCCUGAUAAUGCUGAAUAUCGUGGACCUCGGCUUGAAAAUCACGUUAACGGCGAUCUGGCUGUGGCAACGGGACCCAAACAGCGGAGGCCUCAUCGAGUCCCUGUCCUGGGCCGCGUGCUGCAUCGCGGCGAAUCUGGUGGUCUGCGUGCUCGGCUGGUGGCGUUGCUUUUCUAACAAUUACCUAUACUGGGCCUCCAUAUUCACAUGGUUAUUAAUAAACUCCCAAGGUUUCAUAGGUGCCGGUCUGAACUUUACCACGCAGCAGAGGCUCAUGUGGUACAUACUCUUCGUCGUGUACGCGCCAUACGCGAUGCUGCCCUUGCCGCUGCGGUGGUGCGUUCUCGCCGGCUACGGAACGGCGCUAACACACUUGGUGAUGGCCGGUAUAAGUCUCCUGCGGGACUCCACACACUUUCGGGACGUCGCAUGCAUCGUCCGCAUGCUGACGACGAACGUGCUUCUGUACCUGGCCGUGAACCUGGUUGGCAUGUACACCAAGUACCUGACGGACAGGGGACAACGGCAGGCCUUCCUGGAGACGCAUCGUUCCAUGGAGACGAGGCAACACACGCAGAACGAGAACAAUCGACAGGAGAAGCUGCUGCUCUCAGUCCUGCCCGAUUUCGUCGCCAAGGAAAUGAUCCGCGAUAUCGCGCGCGAGACCGCCCGAGGGGGAACGAUAUCCUUCACGCCGAAUCAGUUCCAUCGGAUCUACAUCCAUCGCUACGAGAACGUCAGCAUCUUGUUCGCCGACAUCAAAGGAUUCACGGCUCUGGCGAGCCAGUGCAGCGCGCAGGAGCUGGUGAAGGUGCUGAACGACCUGUUCGCGCGCUUCGACAAGCUCUCGGCGGAGAAUCAUUGUCUGCGCAUCAAGCUCCUCGGCGACUGCUACUACUGCAUCUCCGGCCUGCCGAUCGCCAGGAGCGACCAUGCUCAUUGCUGCGUGGAGAUGGGCCUGCACAUGAUCAAGGCGAUACGCGACGUGCGGUUCACCACGAAGGUGGACCUGAACAUGAGAAUAGGGAUCCACAGCGGAUCGGUGCUGUGCGGGGUGCUGGGGCUGCGAAAGUGGCAAUUCGACGUGUGGUCGUACGACGUCACGCUCGCGAAUCACCUCGAGAGCGGCGGGAUACCAGGGAGAGUGCACAUAUCCGCCGACACGCUCAAAUGCCUAAACGACGUUUACGAGGUGGAGCCCGGCUACGGUAGCGAGCGCGACAACUACCUGAAGGACAGGAACGUGGUGACGUACCUCAUCAAGCAGGUCGAGCCCCUGCGCUCGCGGCGCAAGUAUUCCUCCAGGCCGAAGGUCUUGACGGAGGAGGACGCCGCGAACAAAAGCAAGAAGAGCUUCAAGAUCAACAACGCCCUACCCGCUAACAGCAACGCGCCCAAUUCCAACGUGGACGACGACAUCGGGGUCGACUGGACACCUGAAAUCCCAUUCGAGAAUCUGAACACGGCUACGUCGAUGAGCAACCUGGAGUCUGAGUACCUGGAGGAGGAGAACGGCACGGCGAAGACCAAGGCGACCUCGCCGACAGCCGGCGAGAAGAAGGGCGGCAUCGAGACCGCCAGCAACAAGCGCAUGAGGUCGGCGAACAUCAACGCGUGGACGCUGCGCUACAACGACGAGAGUCUGGAGUCCAAGUUCGACCAACUGCGGGAGGACAUGUUCAAGUCCAACAUGAUAUGCUGCUUCGUCAUCUGGCUCUUCAUCGCCACCUGUCAGGCCAUCAUUUUGUCCGACUGCAUCAUCUUUCUGAUCUCCCUCCUGGUGACGACGGUGAUCUUGGUGGCGUCGUCGAUCCUGGUGAUGGCGGAGGAAUUCAAGAGCAUGCCGACGUACCUGCAACACACGUCGUCCAUGUUAGUGCACAACAAGAAGCACCGCACCGUCUUCAUCUGCGGCGUGAUCAGCCUGAUGGCGUUGACGUCCGUCAUCGGCGUGGUGACGUGUCCCAUCAUGGUGCGUCCUUAUCCGGAGGUAGUGGUCCUGGAGCAGCAACAACAGACACCGACUCCGGCGGCACUUCCCGUUCAGGAGAAACUGACCGCCACCACCACCGGCUCGGGUGUAGAUCACUUCAUCUUGACGUUCCUGGAGGCAGCCUUGAGCGACGAGUCCUCCGAAGUACGGAAGGCCGCGCCCGCCACGGAGAAUAAUACCGUGGAAGGAGCUUCCAGCGACAUCGAGCUGAAGCUGACGCAAGUGGUGAACGGAAGGGCGCCCGGGAGGAACAGACGGGAGUUCUUCAGGUUCCUACGAUACGAGCAACAUUACGGAGCGGAAGGCGCGAGGCAUUACCGACGAGUCGCGCGAAUACAGGACAAGGGUGGUCCGCAGAGGAGGAUCCUCUCCGUCGACGAGAAGACCGAGACCAGUGAAGAGCCGUCGACCUCGAGCAGCCUCGAGGACGGACUCGUGGUGGGCAGCUGUAUCCGGCCGGAGUACAUGGUCUUCACGUGGAUCUUGUGCCUGAUCGCGCUCGCCUCGGCCCUCAAACUGUAUUACCUGGUGAAGACCGCGCUGGCCGCGGCGAUCGUGCUGGUCUACGCGGUGCUGAUCCUCGUGGUGUGCAAGGAAAUGUUCUCCGAAGGAGAGCAUAACGUGUCGUCAAUAUCGCUGCCGGCGCAAAUGCUGACGUUCCUGGCGGUUUUCCUCGUGAUGGUGACGUACCACGGUAGACUGGUGGAAGUGACGUCGCGCUUGGACUUUCUGUGGAAGCAACAAGCCGAGAGGGAACUGAGCGACAUGAUCGAGUCGCGGCAUAACAAUAUGCAGCUGUUGAAGAACAUCCUGCCGGACCACGUGGCGCAUCAUUUCCUGACGCAGGAACGCGCCCCGGAGGAGCUCUAUUCGCAGUCGCGAGACAAGGUCGGCGUGAUGUUCGCCAGCGUGCCGAACUUUACCGAAUUCUACUCGGAGGACGUGAACAAGGGAAUGGAGUGCAUUCGUUUGCUCAAUGAGAUCAUCGCCGACUUUGACGAGUUGCUGGACGAGACGCCGUUCCACUGCAUCGAGAAGAUCAAGACAGUCGGCGCCACUUACAUGGCCGCGUCGGGACUGAAUCCCAGCCAAACCGACAAGAGCGGUGACAACAUGGAACACCUGUGCAGACUGGUGGACUACGCGGUGGCCAUGCGCCACCGUCUCGAGGACGUGAACGUUCACUCGUUCAACAACUUCGACCUCCGAGUGGGCAUCAGCUGUGGCCCCCUCGUGGGAGGUGUAAUCGGAGCCCGCAAGCCGGUCUACGACAUAUGGGGUAACACCGUGAACGAGGCUUCCAGGAUGGACUCCACGGGCGUGAUGGGCAAGAUACAAGUGCCGCACGAUAUCGCCAGGUUUCUGGAGUCGCGGGGUUACCAGACGCAGAAGCGCGGGCUGAUCGAAGUGAAGGGGAAGGGCACGAUGGAGACGUAUUUCGUGUUGGGCAAGGGCACCCUCCAGCAGGAAGGCACAUCCAGGCACAGGAGCACCUGCCGAAGUCUCGCUGCGGUGGUCUACGGAGUGGUACAGGCGCGUCGCAAGCAAAUCAGAGCGCUGCGAAGAACGUAGAACGUUCGAGCUCGUUCCGAUAUGGUUUGAAUCGCCCAAGCAGAACAAGUCAUAUAAGAGUCAAGAUGACGUCAACGUGAUAUCAUUCCGGCAUCAAUUUGAGAUCAUCUCGACUUUUAUACGACCCGAUUCUACUUGGGCGGUGCAGAAAAUUUGUCGUGCUUGUUGAACGAAGCUGAAGAGAUUAUAUGUUGGGAAGAAGGUGUAGUUUUUUCCAAGCAAUUUCCAUUAACCCUUUCGGUACAUUUGACGAGUGAGACUCGUCAUCUGCUUACUUGGGCAUAAAAUGUAUUACUUUUACAU